AUGCAGUCUGAAUACAAAUCGAUACAUCGUUUAUUACCAUGUAUUUUUAAUCGUGCCAAUCCUAUUGAAUCAAUAGAGGAAACUUUUACUUGUGAUUCUGAGGAACGAGAUACAUUUGAAAAGUUUAUUUUUACUAAAUUAGAAGAAUAUUCGAAGAAAAGAACAGUCAAUCUUUUUCAUUUAACAUCACUUUCACAUAUUCGUCGACGUUUAAAACGUGAUCUUAAAUCUUACGCUAGACAAACUAAUUCAAAUAUUGUAUCCAUUGAAAAACUUUCUCAAUGGACUGAUGAAAUAUUUGAUAAAAUCGAAGCACAUUUAUCUAAAUUUCAAAAUAAUCUUGAACAAUUUCUUAAAACAGAUGAUAUUUUAUCAUCAUCAUCAUCAACUAUAAACAAUCAAUGGAAACAAAUACAAUUACAAAAAGCAAAGACUAUUUUCUCUAAUAGUACAUAUGAUACUGAUAAAGAAUUGUUAUUAAUGUAUCAAAAUAGUAUUAUUGAAAAACUGACACCUAAACAACUUGAUAAAAAUCAAAUUCUAUUAAUCAAUAAAGAUAAAAUUCAUUUAGAUGAAGAAUAUGAAAAAGCAGAAAAUAUUGGACGAGAAUAUUUAACAAAUCUAUUUCAUAAUUAUAAACAUCGUCAACUUCCUGAUUUACAAUUAUUUAAAGAAAUGAUUAAUCUUGGUAUGAAACAAAUGAUAAAACGACCAAAAUUAAAUGAAUUUCAUCAAGCAUCAAAUCUUCUUACGAAAGCAAUAUUUAUUCUUAAAAGUAAACAAUCAUAUUUAAUGAGUCUUCGAAAUUUAGCCGAUGAUUUCAUGCUUUUACGUUUUGGACGUUCAUUAGAUACUGAAAAAUCUAUUAAUAAUCGAUUUAUAUCUCUUAUUCAUGCAUUUCUCAAUACUAUAUCUUGUCUUAUUUAUUUAUUGAAAACUGAUUCAUCUGAAUCCUUUUCAUCAACAUCAUUCUUUUCUCCAUUUAAUUGUGAUUUAUCAACAGGAGAUAUUCUUUUACCAUUGAAAUAUAUUGAUGAAUGGACAUGGUUAUUAGAAAAAUGGCGAAUAGCAUUAGAAACAUUUCCAAUUGAACUUACUAAUCAAGGUGCUUUUGGUCGACUUGUACGUACGACUAUUGGUGUUGGUAUAGCACGACUUUAUGGUUUUGCUAUCAAUGAUGAACAAGAUAAACUUGAUGAGAAAUUUUUUCAAGCACUUCAAAUGGGUUUCUAUUAUGGUAUUGCCUAUGCACUUGUUGAUGGUCUUCAAGAUAAUCAAGAACAAAUUGAUAUUGAUACAUGGCUUAAAAAAAUGGAAGAUAUAUUAUGUGGUGAGGAACAAUUGAAUUUAUUAUCACUACUAGAAUUAUCAAUGACUCCAUUGUUACUUGAAACAUUUCAUAGUUUAAUUCAGCUUACAUCAAAAAAUUUCAUUACUGUACAAACAUUUACUGAUCUUGCUUUAUUACUUCGUUCACAACGAAUUGAUAAAAAAGAUUUAAAUCGAUCUGAUUAUAAUGAUAUUGAUAUUUUUAUUGGUCCUCUUUUAAAAGCACAUUUUACAUAUACAGCAACAGUUUAUAUGAGUGGUGCAAAAAUACUUACAAAUGAUCAACGUUUAUGGUUAAUGCCUUUUCUAGGACAAUUGACAGAUGAUUGUCGAGAUUUUCAUGAGGAUCGUCAAACAAAAUCAAUAACACCUGUUACCUAUUAUGCACAACAUAAUGGUGUAACAUUAAAUCCAUUUUUUGUUUUUUUAUUUAUUUGUGAAGAUCUUUAUUUAGAAAGUAAUCAUGAAAAUAAUACUGGUGCAUUUUUAGGACGAAGAAUAAUGAGAACAUUACGUGCAAUUGGAAGUGAUUUGAAAGAAUUUCUUCAAAUUUUUACUUCAAUAUCCUAUCCUGCUUUACAUAAAUAUUGUCUUUCAUUAGAAUAUUUAUUUAAUCAUAUCAGUGAUCCAGAAAAAACAAUAUUUCGUCAUAUCAACACAUUUGCAAAGAACUAUUCUUAUAAUCAUCGAACACUCGAAACAUUCGCAUAUGAUUAUUUACCUAUAAUCGAAAAACAACUCCUAAUAGAUACAAACAAUGAUAAUAAUCCAUUAAUUCAUGGUAUGAAUCAUAGUUUAAAAGCUGGUGGAAAACGUUUACGACCAUUACUUUUAUUAAUGGUUGCACAACUUUAUAAUAUUGAUAUUAAACGUAUAUUACCACUUGCUCGAGCAAUUGAAUAUCUUCAUACAAGUAGUUUGAUAUUUGAUGAUCUACCAGCACAAGAUAAUGCACCAUUAAGAAGAGGAAAACCAACACUUCAUAUGACUAUUGAUAGUGAUUAUAAUGAUAUUCCAUCAUCAUUAACUGAAGGACGAGCUCAAUUAGCGGCUAUUGAUCUUAUUGGAUAUGCUAUUCAAUUAGUUACCAUUGAUCUUCAUAAUGAACAUUUUUCAUAUGAAAGUAUAAAUCGAGUUACUGCUGAAUUAGCACAAUCAAUGAAAGAACUUUGUUAUGGACAGUUUCUUGAUUUACAAUCAGCAAGAAAUAAAAAAUUAUUAACUAUUAAUGAACUUGAUCGUAUUGCUUAUUUAAAAACUGGUAAAGCUAUUGAAGUUACUCUUAUUUGUCCCGUUCUUCUUGUUGAACAAAAACAAUCGUUAGAUGAACUCCGUCAAUUAGGUCGUUUAAUGGGUAUUUUAUUUCAAAUGAAAGAUGAUUUACUUGAUAUUGAAGGACAUAGUGAUCAACUUGGAAAACUACAAAAUAUUGAUCAACAAAAUCAAACAAUAACUUAUAUAAAUUUAUUAGGUAUUGAAGGAACACGACAACGUAUUCGAGACAUAAGAAAACAAGCAGAAUUAAUACUUGAUAAUCUAUGGCCACAAUCUAAUACAAUUAGAGAUGUUAUAAGAUAUAUUUGUGAACGAAAAAAAUAA